CCAGCUGUCGGACCCGGGAAAUUCUCUAGCUUCCAACCCCGAGGCGCAUUCCGGCGUCGCCGCAGUGCAUCCUGGGAGUGGUAGUUCUCGCGGCUCCGAGGGAGAAUGGCGGUAGGCGGGAGCAGGACGCAGAGAGAACUACAUGGAGGAGGCGGGGUGUAGGGCGAGAAAGCUACGCGACUAGCAGUGGCGAAGGCUGCUGUAUCGGCAGCAUGAAGCGGACCCCGACAGCCGAGGAACGAGAGCGCGAAGCUAAGAAACUGAGGCUUCUUGAAGAGCUUGAAGACACUUGGCUUCCUUAUCUGACCCCCAAAGAUGAUGAAUUCUAUCAGCAGUGGCAGCUGAAAUAUCCUAAACUAGUCCUCCGAGAAGCCGCCAGCGUCCCUGAGGAGCUCCAUAAAGAGGUUCAAGAAGCCUUUCUCACGCUGCACAAGCAUGGCUGCUUAUUUCGGGACCUGGUGAGGAUCCAAGGCAAAGAUUUGCUCACUCCAGUCUCUCGCAUCCUCAUUGGUAACCCCGGCUGCACCUACAAGUACCUGAACACCAGGCUCUUUACGGUCCCCUGGCCAGUGAAAGGCUCUGAUGCAAAGUACCACGAGCCCGAAGUAGCUGCCGCCUGCCAAACCUUCCUCAAGCUCAACGACUACCUGCAGGUAGAGACCAUCCAGGCUUUGGAAGAACUCGCUGCUAAGGAGAAAGCCAAUAUCGAUGCCGUGCCAGUGUGUAUAGGCCCGGAUUUCCCCAGGGUUGGCAUGGGGUCAUCCUUUGAUGGACAAGAUGAGAUAGACAUGAAGAACCGAGCAGCCUACAACGUAACUCUGUUGAAUUUCAUGGAUCCUCCGAAAAUGCCAUACCUGAAAGAGGAACCGUAUUUUGGCAUGGGGAAAAUGGCCGUGAGCUGGCAUCACGAUGAAAAUCUGGUGGACAGGUCAGCGGUGGCAGUGUACAGUUAUAGCUGUGAAGACCCUGAAGAGGAAAGUGAGGAUGACCCUCAACUCGAAGGCAGGGAUCCUGAUAUUUGGCACGUUGGUUUUAAGAUCUCAUGGGACAUAGAGACACCUGGUUUGGCGAUACCCCUUCACCAAGGAGACUGCUAUUUCAUGCUUGAUGAUCUCAAUGCCACCCACCAACACUGUGUUUUGGCUGGUUUACCACCUCGGUUUAGUUCCACCCACCGAGUGGCAGAGUGCUCGACGGGGACCUUGGAUUACAUCUUACAGCGCUGCCAGUUGGCCCUGCAGAAUAUCCGUGAUGAGGCGGACAAUGGUGAGGUCUCUUUGAAAUCCUUGGAGCCAGUGGUUUUGAAACACGGAGAAGAAAUCCACAGUGAGGUCGAGUUUGAGUGGCUGAGACAGUUUUGGUUUCAAGGCAAUCGAUACAAAAGGUGCACCGAUUGGUGGUGUCAACCUAUGACUCAGCUGGAAGAGCUGUGGAAGAAGAUGGAAGGCCUGACAAAUGCUGUGCUUCGGGAAGUUAGAAGAGAGGGGACCCCUGUAGAACAAAGGAAUGAGAUCUUGACGGCCGUCCUCGCCACACUCACCGCUCGCCAGAACCUGAGGAGGGAAUGGCAUGCCAGGUGCCAGUCCCGAAUUGCCCGAACUCUACCCGCGGAUCAGAAGCCAGAGUGCCGGCCGUAUUGGGAAAAGGAUGAUCCUUCAAUGCCGCUGCCGUUUGAUCUCACAGAUAUCAUUUCCGAACUCAGGGGUCUGCUUCUGGAAGCCAAACCCUAGAGAAGGAGCGCGAGUCUUAGGUGGAGGAGCAAAGGCUGUUUUUGACUUCUCUCCUUCAACCGUGUCAUGGGCUUAGGCAAGGGGAUUAUGGGUAGACUGGGCCUUGGGAUUGUAGACCCUGGGUCCCAGUUGGAAACAGCUAGGGAAUGGAGCCCAUGAAUGUUAAAAUGUUUAAAAGUGACACAGUGUUAUAGUGAUUUGGUAUGAAACAAGAACCUCCAACCCCCAAAGCUAUUCCCCACUGGGAUUCUUAAUGUGAGCCAUUCCACUCCCAAGGCCUGGGAAGCGACCAAGGUGAGCCUGGCCUGUGGCAAAACCUAACCUACUUUCCUCCUUCCCAAACCUUUGCAGAGACUCUGCAGGGGAUGACUCUCAGGUCAUCUAGGGGAAGACAGAAUUUAGAGACAUUUAGCCCAUUUUCUCACCACACCCUUCAGAGGCUAUGCUGUUCAGUAUGGUAGCCACUAGGUAGAUGGGGCUCCUUAUAUUUAAAUUCCAUUUUAAUUGUAAUUAAAAAUUCAG